CCAAAACACACAGAUCGUUAUAUCACAAUCUAUCAAUCAAUAAUCAUAAUAAUAAUAAAAUGUCUCGGUUCGUGAUGGAAUCCAACAAUCUAUGGCUGAUUGCCAUGACCGACGGCACGAUCAGGGUGAUGGAAGGCGCGUACUCGCCGGAUCUCAACACCCACGACGUGCCGAAAAAUCCCACCAGCUGGAAGCAAGCGGCUCGGAUCGGGAGCAACGCGCACUGCACCCACCGGGAGCUGGAAGUGUUCGGCGUGACGUUUACCGGCGAGAAGGUGGAGGAGCUGAGGAGUGGCAUCGCCGGGCAGCAGAGGAUGGUCAACAGGGAAGGGUUCAUCGUCACGUGGCUCAACCCUGGCGGCGGUAGCACCAGCAUCAGGCCCAACAGCCUCCUGCGCCGCCUCAACGACCUCUACCAGUGGUCCAAGCACGGCGUCCAGGUCACCGUCCCGGUGGGGACCGCGUGGGAUCGAUUCGAGCUCACCACCGGGAAGCUCAUGGUUGGGGCCGGGGCCGGGGGCUCAGCACAAGCGAAGGAGUUGGAGGAGAAGGAGAAGGAGAAUCAGAGGCUUCAGGCAGAAAAGGACAAGGAGAUUGAAGAGCUGAAGAAGCAGGCCAAGGAGAAGGAGGAUGAGCAGCUUGCCGCCAAGAAGGAGAACGAGGAGCUGAAGAAGCAGGGUCAGGAGAAAGACGACCAGCUUGCCGCCAAGGACAAGCAGAUCGCUAACCUCCGGAAUGCUCUCAGUGCAUUCGUCUAAUAUGUCUCCUGCAUAUGCAUGCAUGCAUGCAUGAAUCUCUAUAUACGUACGUGUGUUCUGUUGUUGUGUGUUUAAUUGGUACCUCCUGAUGAGGAUCAGUUGCCAAUCAAUUAAUAAACUGUGGCUUUGUGU